UAAAUUUAAUAUUUUUAUGGACGUCUUCGCGUUGAAGAUCGCCCAUUAAUAGAUUUUUCGAAUAUUCAUUAAAAUUUAACGUUAUUAUAAUCGUGCUACACUUUUUGGGAAUGUGCGAAAAAAUGUGAUCGAAUGAGCAGUCGUAAGAGUUGUGCCUCGAACGAUACGGAAACAUAAAACCCGCAAAUGACAAUAAAUUUACACAUAAAUAGUAAAAAAACGAGGGUUAGAGAAAAUAUGAAGGAAAAAUGCCCGAUUUGACUCUCAAAAGAUUAUAAAAAGUUUGAAAUUCGAAAAUUAGUGGAUUUCGUAAUUGGGAGGCGGGGCGGAUUUCGGACUCGACGCGCCUGAAAAAACUCGAUUCAGAGACAAAUUUCAUUUACUCACGACCGUCUUACAGUUCGAUACAAUUUUUCGAUGAAAUUACGAAAAUUCGACUUAGCAUUCAAGGAACGAAAAACAUUUCGAUGAUAAACCCUCCCGCAAUACGAAGUAGGUAUUUUUUUUUUCGAAUAGAAAAAUUUGGAGAUAAUUUUACCUUCGAAACAAAGACGAGAUUCGAUUAAGUUCAUUUCGAUCCGAAAUUCCCAUACUCGUAGUUUCUAUACGCGUUUGUUUACGCGAGGAAAAAUGUUGUAACAGCAUUCGUUGUUUGUUUCUUGCGGGACAAAGGAGAGCACUCAGCUUCUCGUGAAUUAUGAUAAAGGAAGAGCUUCGCGACGCGCCACGUGAUGUGUAACACAUGAGCGAUGUUUAAGGACGCUUGAAAAACGUAAAAAAAAAGAAAGAAAAGAAGUAGAAACACGCACGAAGAUACAUUGCCGGGAUGUGAGCCGCGGAACGCUUCGACUACGUCAUCGCGAAGUAUUGUAGAGCAUUUUUUUCCUUCUUUCAUUAAUUAUUUAGCAACGUUACGCGCUACGUUUUCCGGUUAAAUAACACCGGGAGAAUCGUCCCCGCUGAAUCUCCAUUCUCUCGGUCGCGUCGAGCGUGACAAAAUCGUUUGACGUAGCCGCGCGAAUAUCACGAAAGGCACAUCGUGUGCGUGUGUCCGUGAAGAAUUAAUCAUAAUUCACGAUACUCGAAUCCCACGAUUUUAGAGAAAAAAAAGGUAUGGCCGCCGCGCGAUGGCACGAAACUUGGAAUAACAAUAACACAAGUAUACACAACCGCGAAUAAACCGUAAGAAAAACAGUUUCUUUCAACAGCCGCGAGAGAGAGAGCACUGUCCGCGGUGGCGCUCGCGUCUCGCAUCGCCGCGCCACCUCCGUGAACUUCGCGUAACCGUCGUUUCGAAAUAAUACAAAAUGGCUAUAUCGAUGCUGAAAGGGAAUUGCAAAGACGAACGGUAACACAAAAGCAGUUGCGGGUGAACGUAAGAUAAAAAGAAGGUGAUUGCCGGAUAUAGAGACACAAGGCGCGGGUGUAGCGAUCGGCACAGAAAAGUGCUCUGUGCAUGGGCUCGCUUCGGGCACGGCAUUUAAUUUAAUAGCCAUUACGUGGUGCUCGAGGCCGUGACACAGGAGCAAAGCGCCCGUACGGGCCGUGGCAGAGGCGAGAGAGAAAACCAUCACCAGAGAGCGCGCAGUUGCGCAUCCGUUGCCGGGAGUAAAGCACGUGAAUUUUCGUUAAAAAAAUACGCAAUGUGAAACUGACAUUUAUAUAUACGAACGGUAUUUUUUCCUAUAGAUAAAUUAGCCUGUGAAGAAAGAUCUUUACGGCCACGGGCCGUUUACGAUGGAUGCUAACAAAUCAUUUUACAACUAGAUUUACAUAAUAAAUACGUAGAAAGAAGUCAGUGCGUUUACAAGCCCGAUUCAGAUGGUCAUUCGGUCUCUGUUGAUGUUGAGUUAUCUCUCGUUAAACGUAUUUUCUUGAGUGAAAGUUUGAUUUGUAGUUUAGUCAUUUGCGAGAUCGUUGCCUCGAGCUCGACAGAGAAUGUGCUUGGGAAUAAAUUUCCCAUAAAAGUUGACGAGUGCAAAAAAGAAAAAAAAAAAAAGCAUCGUUGGUGGUCGCCCGCCGGAUUGGUACACUAAAAAAAACAACAUCGAGAGCCGGGCACGUUGAUUUCGCUCAAAGCACAUCGUACUCUUUCGAAUGGUCCCCCGUGAGCUUGAGUCACGUACGAUACGUCGAUGCGCACACUGCGACGUUAUUUUCGAGUGCCAAAAUCGAAUAAAAGUUUGGUUGUGAAAAUGAUGUGCCGCAAGUACGUAGUGGAACAAAAAUCUAUUGUAUCGUACGAUGCCUCGGAACGAAGCGUAUUUUCGUGACACAUUUGAACUGAAAAUCGAUGGAUGAAUCCGCGAUAUCACAAGCGCUGCGGCGCAGUUCAACCGACAUAUUUGUUUACAGUUUUUGAAAAAAAGUACAUUCGGGGGAAGCAUUCACUGCCGCGUUACGCAUAAUUAGUAGGAACUCCGUCGAAAAAAUUGUAGCGAAAUAUUGAAUUUCGACAUAAUUACUUGGAAGAAACCUAAUUUUAAUAUAUUUCAUUUUCUUUUCCUCCAUUACUCUCCCUAUCGAAAAUACGUGCUUCUAUUAAAAAAAACUUGACGACGAUACAAAGUGCGUCGUUUUUCAUGACAGGAAGUUCGUAAUUUCUCGACCUCUGUUUUACGGAAAAACAAUAGAAUUGAAGGACCCAAGGAAUUUGAAACUCCGGUGAAAAAAGCAUCGUUCCGUCAGUGGUUUGAUGCGCGAGCACAACUGACUAAAAAAAUCGUUCGACUAUGGAACACGAGUGCAAAGAAGGAUCGUCCCGUUCGACGAGGGUCGGCCAACCAACUACGCCGACUUCGCCCAGUUUGAAUCUAAUGGAACAACUGUUACUCGCGAAAAUCGAACGGCAGAGCAUAACCGACGUUUACGAAGAUGAUAAACACGUGGCUAAUAAUCCUCUUUCGGGCUCGAAAACAUUGCUACUUAGAACGGACUCGAUGGACUCACAAACGAGCGCAAGUACCUUCAGUUCUGUUAUCUCCGGUGACUCUCCAACAACAACAACAGCAAAUUUUUACUGCAAGUGCGACGACUGCUUACUCGGUAUCGUCGAUAAACAUCAACUCCGCCCGCCCUCUGUCGGACGCAAAAAGCCACAGACCGAAAAGGAUUAUUAUCGACGAGGGACCACGUGGAAAGCGGGUCAGCUCGACUCUCCUCUCUGGUCAAGGACACUCUAAAUCUCCGGCAACGGCAGUCCCUCCUCAUCGCUCCGCGAGAAAGUCAUCUUCGAAUAACGCGAAUUCACACGAGAGGGACGCACUAAAAGCUCCUUUUGGACGGUGACACUAGGCGUGCGACUAGGCCUGGUGACCCCCUGCUACCGCGAACGAGAGUUGAAAAUCUAAAAGAUUCGUGAAUUCGCCGUUAUUAUUGAGUGACAAUCGCCUCGAGAGUGAGCAAAACGUUUCGACGUCGUUGGUGCGCCGAGUUGAAACGUCCCGGAGCUUUGGAUCCGCUGAAAAAAUGACCGAAACGAUGGCCAUUCAUUUCCUUCAAUAUUCUCGUGAACGAGAGAAUUUUCAGUGACUUUUCAUCGAGCUGCGAUCGAAGCGAUUACGCUCGUCGUUUGAGGAAAAAGAUUUUUAUUGUUCACUAAUAAAUUUUCCAGGAGCGUUGAUCACCCGUUGGAAUUUGGUCGGUAAACUAAAUCGACAAAUUUGUCCCCUCGCGAAAUUACCUAAUUCACCAACGUGUUUUAAUCGGCCGAAUAAAAAUAG